ACCAUCAUCGAUAUUAAUUUGGCGCGGCAACAGCACCAGUCCAGCCCGCAUGAGCCUCAGUCAAGGACGAACCUUUCCCUCCACCUGACCCUAGCAGCCUCAGUUCACGACGACCCUUCCACUCGACCUGACCCUAGCGCCUCCACCUUGACCUACGCCCUCAAAAGAUUACAUUAUUAUCCAAGAAGAAGAACAUUGUUGAAGUAAAUGUUGAAAACAGUCCAAACCCCCUUCUCGCACAAAUACUACAAGUCGCUCGAGACAUUCAGCACGCCACCUAUGAACAUCUCACACAAAAACUACAAGUCGCUCAAGAAAUUCAGCACGCCACCUAUGAACAUCUCGCACAAAAACUGCAAGUCGUUCAAGAAAUUCAGCACGCCACCUAUGAACAUCUCCUACAAAUACUACAAGUCGCUCAAGAAAUUCAGCACGCCACCUAUGAACAUCUCCCACAAAUACUACAAGUCGUUCAAGAAUUUCAGCACGCCACCUAUGAACAUCUCCCACAAAUACUACAAGUUGCUCAAGAAAUUCAGCACGCCACAUAUGAACAUCUCGCACAAAUACUACAAGUUGUUUAAAAAUUUGGCAGGCCACGUAUGAACAUCUCCCAGAAAUACUACAAGUCGUUCAAGAUUCAGCACGCCACCUAUGAACAUCUCGCACAAAUACUACAAGUCGCUCAAGAAAUUCAGCAUGCCACCUAUGAACAUCUCCCACAAAUACUACAAGUCGCUCAAGAAAUUCAGCACGCCACCUAUAAACAUCUCCCACAAAUACUACAAGUCGCUCAAGAAAUUCAGCACGCCACCUAUGAACAUCUUCCAAUACUACAAGUCGCUCAAGAAAUUCAGCAUGCCACCUAUGACCAUCUCGCACAAAUACUACAUGUCGGUCAAGAAAUUCUGCAUGCCACCUAUGAACAUCUCCCACAAAUACUACAAGUCGCUCAAGAAAUUCAGCACGCCACCUAUGACCAUCUCGCACAAAUACUACAUGUCGGUCAAGAAAUUCUGCACGCCACCUAUGAACAUCUCGCACAAAUACUACAAGUCGCUCAAGAAAUUCAGCACGCCACCUAUGAAAAUCUCCCACAAAUACCACAAGUCGUUCAAGAAAUUCAGCACGCCACGUAUGAACAUCUCCCACAAAUACUACAAGUCGUUCAAGAAAUUCAGCACGCCACCUAUGAACAUCACACAAAUACUACAAGUCACUCAAGAAAUUCAGCACCCCACCUAUGAACAUCUCCCACAAAUAAUACAAGUUGUUCAAGUCAUUCAGCACGCCACGUAUGAUCAUCCCCUUGAAAUACUACAAGUCUUCAACAAAUUCAGCACGUCACCUAUGAACAUCUCACAAAUACUAUAAGUCGCUCAAGAAAAUCAGCACUCCAGGUAUUAACAUCUUGCACAAAUACUACAAGUCGCUCAAGCAAUUCAGCGUGUCACCUAUGAACAUCUUGCAUGGUGGCUUGGUGAGUCUGACUUCUGUCUUGACAAGUCUCUCAAGAUAAAAUAAUCGGAUCUAACAGACAGAGCAGGUGCUGAGUGACUCGUCUGUUAACUUGACUGA